UUUUGUAUUUCCCAUUUCUACAUAGGAAGGAAACAGACCAUUGGAAAUGUGGGGCUGGAGGAGAGUUGUAUGGCUACCUGGAAAGAGAAAUACAGUAGCAAGCUGAAAUCUCCCUGGAAGAGGAGACAAGGCUGAUGAGAAGAAGCAAAAGGAAAGCGGAAAGCCCUGUUCCAGGUGAAUGAGGUCCCCCAAGGAAGGAGGCCUUGGUCCUGCUUUGGCAAGACCUGAGCAGGAGAGUCGAAGCAGGAACAGCAGCCAGCCAACCAAGGCUGGUUUCUUCCCAGAGGAUGGAAGGACUAAAAGGAGGCUGUCUGCUUUGGAUCUCUCAAGGGAUGAGUCCCUAGGAAAGACCCCACUCUGGCUUGGUGAGGAGGAAGAGAGGAGGGCACCAUUCCAGGCAGAUGGACCCCUCCAAGGAAGCCCUGACUUUGCAAGACCUGAGCGGCUGAGGAGCCUCCUCCCAGAGCAUCCUGGACUAUCUCCAGUUGAAUGACGUGAAGAGAGAAAUCACGGACGACGAGAUGGACUUCAUCAAGCCGGCUUCGGCCUUGCUGACCUCUGCUACACCAUCCGCAGAAACCAUCCAGGUGGCCAAGAAGUCCAGCUCCAUCUUCCACCAGAUGCAUGAGAGGAUCCUGGCCAUCGAGAAGCAGCUGGCUUUCCUGAAUGGCACCCCGGACACUGACCAGCUGCUGGCCAGGACCCAAGGGGCCUCCCGGCCAGCCCAGGACAUGUGGCAGAUGAUGCAGCUGAAGAAGAAGAUGGAGGUCAACGAGGAAGGGAUGACCAAGGCCAUGAACACCUUGCAGGAUCUGCUGAGCAAUAUCUGUUCCCUGCGUGUGGCCAACAACAACGUGGAGGAGGAGCUGGGGCAGCUGAAGAACAACUUUACCAAACUCGGCAUUGAUGAAAUUAAAGAGCGACUCCAACAAUUGGACCAGAAGACUGGCUUGUUGGAUGGGAUACAAGAGGGACUGGAUGAAGGGAAGGGGAAGGGCACAGUGGAGCCAGACACUUUGGACCUGGUCCGAUGGAGCUCCCUCUGUGAGAUGUUGACCGGAAAGGGCUUUUUGGAGAAAGCGGACCGAGAAAAAGCAUCCAGGGAGGUUCUGGCUGUGCUGACCCAGUUGCCGGAGAAGCACGAGGCGCUCAUGGCCCAAAUGGCUCAGUUGGAGGCCCAGAUGAAGCAGCAGAUGGGGCUUGGAGUGUUCCCAGCCAUUUCGGAGAUGCCUGAACUGAAGUUGCUGAUGGAGCAGAUGGAGAGGAUGCAGCGUCAGGAGGAGCAGAAAAAGGAGUCUCUGCAAGCCAUGAUGGACCAAGUGCAGCAGCUAAAGGAACAAUGCGAGAAACAGCAAAGGGGGAUAGACAGGCUGACCAAGAGCACCUCCGACAUGGAGGCCAUGCGCAUGAUGCUGGAACAGCUGAACGUCACCAAAGCAGACAAAACUGUGAUCCAGGAGGAGAUGAGUGUGAAAGCUGACAAGAGUGCUCUGGAGGCAAAAGUCAACCAUGGGGAGCUGCAGUCGGCCACCACCCAGCUGAGUGAGAUGAUGCAGGACCUCCUGCAGAAGAUGUCCCUCCAGGACAAGGAUUGGCAGAAGGCCCUGGAGAAGCUCUUCACUGACAUGGACUGCAAGUUGGACCGGAUGGCCCUGGACCCUCUGAGCCAGCAGCUGGAGGAGGUAUGGAAGUUCAUCAAGAAAUACCUGAGUGAGGGUCCCCGCUUUGACGCAGACAGCGCUGCUGGUUUCAAGAAGCAGCUCUUUGAGAGAGUGAAGUGCAUCUCCUGCGACCGGCCAGUGACCAUGGCGACUGGGCCGCACAUGAUCACCGUCCGGAAAGUUCCCCUGAGGCCUCGUCCUGCCAGCGCCAACGGCUACGAGUACCUUGCACGGCAGCAGAGGAAGGAUUUGGAGGGGAACGAAAUGACCAGCAACCCACCUCCACAGACCUGCUGGCAAUGCCAGGCCCACCACCAGGCCUGCAGCAACAAGCGCCUCUCUCGCUCCCAGGACCUGGGCACAAUCUACCCCUACGGAGACCCCAUGGCCCUCACCUACGACAACACCGAGGUGGACAUUCUGGGCGUGAAUGGCAUUCUCUACAAAGGGCGGCUGAGUUCGCAGGCCGGAGAGCGGGCUCUGGCCCUGCAGAAGGAGUUUACAGCCGUGAAGCCUCCCCGGCCCCGUUCCCGGAUGGAGAGAGCCCGCUCGGCCUUUGCAGAUGUCAGCACCUCGCCCUACGCAUCAUCCAUGCGGCGGAUCGGUUCAUCGCCAAACGGGAGCAACCGACGCGGAGGGGAACAGCCGCAGCUGACCGUAGAGUCGGUGGAUGGCAUAGUGGCCUCCAUGUCCACCAGCUUCAGCCAGUCCCAUGUCCAGAGCGGUGGCGGGGUGGCCGGCAUGUGAACCGGGGCCCCUUUCUGGAGGGGCUUCUGUCUUGCCUCUGCCCCAUGCUCCCCCACCCUUCUUGUACACUUUGGGCAACAGACACACGCCUGGCUGGAUACCCCUCCCCAAGUCCCAGUCUU